AUGGCGCCAAGGAAUUACAAACGUAUAAGAAUUGAAUCAGUAUAUGUACCGGAUAUGUCUGCAAUACCCACAGAGGAUGAGGAGACACAAGAUCCAUGCACAGGAGCUUUCAUUUCUCAGGAUGUACCUCCUUUUGGCCACCAACAUGACUCAGAUGAUGAUGCGCAGAUACAUCCCUCCUCCACUAGUGGUCUUGAGGUAGAGUCCACCCCUACAACACAGGCACCACCACAUCACUAUCGACCGGGAGACAUAAUCACUAGAGAUGAAAAUGGAUUUCGCCAGACGAUUAGUAUGCCCUCACCUGGAGACAUCUGGGGGUUGCGUGACGGGCUGCAAGUGGUUAUUCAAUUGAAUAAUAAUGGUCAGGCAAUAGGAGUGGGUAGUGAGAAGUUAGCCCGCUUUGGUGCUUUACUUGUUAAAAAAGGAGGUCUUUGCCCCAUGGGUAACCCAGACUGGAGGACAGUACCCGAUGAACAGACAGAUCCUAUGUGGGAAAUAAUGCGGAAAAUUCUAUUUUGA